CCACGGAAUCGUCAGUCUUGCUUGGUUUGUAAACCUCGCAUACGGGCUGUUUUAGCACAGCUACUAAAACACGCCAGGCCUGCACGAUAUAUGGGUAUGUUUCGUUUCUAGAGAACUUUUGUUUUUCUAAACUCCUUCUUCCCUUUCCCAGAUCUGGCAAGCGUUAGUCAUCUUCAACUCGGCAGGAACCCACAAGUGUGCGUGUGUGGCUCGGAGCUGGGACCCCGCCCUCGUCCCCAGGCGCUCACUGACACACGCAGCCUAGACCUGGCCCGAGCGCGCUCCUGGCCUCGGCGUGGCUUCUCUCCAGCCGGGAGUCCCAGGACCCGCUAGCCUCCUCCCCCAAAGGGGACGGCCCGUCAGCGCCGAGCCAGAGUCCAGCACGGGGAGGAAAGUUUCGGAGUGCGGAGGGAGUUGGGCCGCCGGAGGAGAAGGGUCUCCACUCCUAGUUUGUUCCGCCGUCGCCGCGUCCCUGGGACCCUUGUUCCGAAGCGCACGGCAGCCGGGGGACUCAGCCCUCCGGGCGGAGUGAGUGGAUUCCAGGACCGGGUCCGAGGCGGGGGCGCCGCAGGCUCGGCCCGAGGCCGCAGAGGAACUCCUCUCGCGAGCGGUCGCAGUGGGCCCGCAUUGUGUGCAGGAACUCUCCGGAAUCGGGAGGGGGAGGACUGGAUCGCGCUUCCACUGGGAUUCGUCAAGAGUUCCGGCGGCAGCUGCGGCGGUGGCGGAGACUCCCUUUGUCCUCUCAGGACCUCCCUCUCUCCCUCCCUCUGUCAGCUGGUGGGUCCCGCUGCCGCCGGCGCCAGCGCCUCAGCUGUUCUCCGCACCCCACCCCGAAGUGCGCACGGGGUGACUCCCGCCACCUUCGCGACCCUCCGGAGCUGAGGGGACUGCGAGCGGGAGGGAGUCGCAGGCUCCCGGCCGCAGGAUGGUGGCGGGGCGGUCCCCGGCCCGCAGCCCGGGUAGCUGGCUGUUCCCCGGGCUGUGGCUGUUGGCGCUCGGUGGUCCCGGGGUGCUGCUGCGCGCCCAGGAGCAGCCCUCCUGCAGAAGAGCCUUUGAUCUCUACUUCGUCCUGGACAAGUCUGGGAGUGUGGCAAAUAACUGGAUUGAAAUUUAUAAUUUCGUCCAGCAACUUGCGGAGAGAUUUGUGAGCCCUGAAAUGAGAUUAUCUUUCAUUGUGUUUUCUUCUCAAGCAAGUAUUAUUUUGCCAUUAACUGGAGACAGAGGCAAAAUCAGUAAAGGCUUGGAGGACUUAAAACGUGUUAGUCCAGUAGGAGAGACAUAUAUCCAUGAAGGACUAAAGCUAGCGAAUGAACAAAUUCAGAAAGCAGGAGGCUUGAAAACCUCCAGUAUCAUAAUUGCUCUGACAGAUGGCAAGUUGGAUGGUCUGGUGCCAUCAUAUGCAGAGAAAGAGGCGAAGAUAUCCAGGUCACUUGGGGCUAGUGUUUAUUGUGUUGGUGUCCUUGAUUUUGAACAAGCUCAGCUUGAAAGAAUUGCUGAUUCUAAGGAGCAAGUUUUCCCUGUCAAGGGUGGAUUUCAAGCUCUUAAAGGAAUAAUUAAUUCUAUACUAGCUCAGUCAUGUACUGAAAUUCUAGAAUUGUGGCCCUCAAGUGUCUGUGUGGGGGAAGAAUUUCAGAUUGUCUUGAGUGGAAGAGGAUUCAUGUUGGGGAGUCGGAAUGGCAGUGUCCUCUGCACCUACACUGUAAAUGAAACAUAUACAAAGAGUGUAAAACCAGUAAGUGUACAGCUUAAUUCUAUGCUUUGUCCUGCACCUAUCCUGAAUAAAGCUGGAGAAACUCUUGAUGUUUCAGUGAGCUUUAAUGGAGGAAAAUCUGUCAUCUCAAGCUCAUUACUUGUCACAGCCACAGAAUGUUCUAAUGGCAUCGCAGCCAUCAUUGUUAUUUUGGUGUUACUGCUACUCCUGGGCAUCGGUUUGAUGUGGUGGUUUUGGCCCCUUUGCUGUAAAGUGGUUAUCAAGGAUCCUCCACCACCACCACCCCCUGCACCAAAAGAGGAGGAAGAAGAACCUUUGCCUAAUAAGAAGUGGCCAACUGUGGAUGCUUCGUAUUAUGGUGGUCGAGGAGUUGGAGGAAUUAAAAGAAUGGAGGUUCGUUGGGGUGAUAAAGGAUCUACUGAGGAAGGUGCAAGGCUAGAGAAAGCCAAAAAUGCUGUGGUGAAGAUUCCUGAAGAAACAGAAGAACCCAUCAGGCCUAGACCACCUCGACCCAAACCCGCGUACCAGCCUCCUCAGACAAAAUGGUACACGCCAAUCAAGGGUCGUCUUGAUGCUCUCUGGGCUUUGUUGAGGCGGCAGUAUGACCGGGUUUCUUUGAUGCGACCUCAGGAAGGAGAUGAG